UCCCUAAUCCAGAGUCUAGAAGCCUUAACACGCGCGUUUUAGGAGCGUUGAUACAAACACCACUACAAGGUCUCCAAAAGCUAGAGGGGCAUUCCCGGAUCCUCUUUUUCCCAGCCAUUGUCGAACCUUCAAAUAAAUUUCCCUCACUUUCUCCCCUCCUUAUUCACAUCCAUGUAUAUGUAUACAAGUUAACCGUCUUAGCCAUAUUUUCUCUCACUCUCCCUUGUCUCUUUUCGAUGAUCAAAAAAAUUGAAAGGAAUUGUGAUCGCCGGCGAAUUGUUUGGCUAAAAAAGCAUUGGUUUGAUUUGCAAACAAAAAGAUAUCUGCCUUGUGCCUGUGACAAUGGAAGCACCAUGUCAAUUAGAGAUCAAUGGGCAAAACUUGAUGCUUCCACCUCAACCACGAACUUUUCAAGAUCGUGACAACCUUAUCAAAUAUGUUCGUGAUUUUGGUGCCAGCCAAGGGUAUGUGGUGACGAUCAAAAAGUCUAAGAAGGAUAGAAGAGUUUUACUUGGCUGUGAUAGAGGAGGUGUUUAUCGUAAUAGACGCAAGAUUGAAGAGGGCAAGCGUAAAAGGAAAGUGAGUUCACGCCUCAUAAAUUGUCCUUUUGAAGCUGUAGGUAAAAAGGAUGAUGAUGUUUGGGUGCUUACAAUUAAAAAUGGUGAGCACAACCAUGAACCUUUGAAAGACAUGUCUGAGCAUCCCUAUAGUCGUCGUUUUACAGAAGAAGAGGUGUGGCAAAUCAAGCUAAUGACAGAAGCUGGUAUCAAACCUCGUCAAGUGCUCAAGGCUCUGAAGCAAACAAAUCCAGAUCUUCAAUCAACACCGAGGCAUCUCUACAAUGUCAAAGCUAAAAUCCGUCAGGGGAAUAUAUCAGAUAAAAGUUUUAAAUCAUGGAGACCCAAUGUGUCUGCUCCUGUAGACACAUCAAUUGAGACUUCAACAUGCGUCUGCCCUCUGAAGGUUACUAAUUAUAUAGGUGGGAAGUUUGUUGAAUCACAGGCAUGUGAAAUAAUUGAUGUUAUAAACCCUGCAACACAAGAGAUAAUUUCUCAAGUUCCCACGACUACAUAUGAAGAGUUCAAAGCUGCUGUAACUGCUGCUAAACAUGCUUUCCCCGCAUGGAAGAACACAACUGCUUCCACUCGUCGGCGGAUCAUGUUCAAGUUGGAGGAUCUCAUCCGCAGAGAUAUUGACAAGAUUGCCAUGAGCAUUGCUACAGAGCAGGGUAAGACAUUGCAUGGUGCCAAAGGUGAUCUGCUCUAUGGUUUAGAGAUAGUUGAACAAACAUGUGGUAUGGCUACUCUACAAAUAGGGGAGUAUUUACCUAAUGCUACUAAUGGAGUCGAUGCAUAUUGCUUUAGAGAACCACUUGGUGUUUGUGCUGGAAUAUGUCCCUCAAGUUAUCCGUCAAUGAUUCCCUUAUGGAUGUUUCCUAUUGCUGUUACAUGUGGAAAUACGUUCAUACUGAAAUCAUCAGAACAUAAUACAGGGGCUGCAAUGAUGAUUGCUGCAUUGGCAGCUGAAGCAGGUUUACCGGCUGGUGUUUUGAAUAUCAUUCAUGGCAAUCAUGAGAUUGUCAAUAAUAUAUGCGAUGAUGAUGAUAUAAAAGCCAUAUCAUCUGUUAGCUCAAAGACUGCUCUAAUGCACAUAUAUCCUAGGGCUGCUGCCAAAGGUAAAUGUAUUCAAUCUAACAUGGGAGUAAAAAAUCAUGUGAUAAUCAUGCCUGAUGCAAGUGCUGAUGCUACAUUGGAUGCUCUGGUUGCUUCUGGUUUUGGGGCUUCGAAAGUCCAUAAUUGCAUGAGUCCGAGCAUAGCUGUUUUCGUCGGAGGCUCGGCCCCAUGGGAGCAUGAGCUUGUGGAGCGGGCCAAAAUCCUUAAAGUAAAUGCUGGAACUGAAGCUGGAGUUGACAUUGGACCGGUUAUUAGUAAAGAGGCAAAGAAUCGAAUAUGCAGAUUAAUUCAAAGUGGUAUAGAAAGUGGGGCUAGACUUGUUCUUGAUGGGAGACAUGUUGUGGUACCAUGGUAUGAGAACGGAAAUUUUGUGGGUCCUACUAUUAUGUGUAAUGUUACAGCCAACAUGGAUUGCUACAAGGAAGACAUGCUUGGGCCCGUUCUUCUUUGUAUGCAGGCUGAAAGCUUAGAAGAAGCAAUAGCCAUUGUUAAUAGAAGCAAACAUGGAAAUGGAGCUUCCAUAUUCACUUCAUCAGCUGUUUACGCUCGGAAGUUUCAAAAUGAAGUUGAAAAUGGGCUGGUCGGCAUCAAUGUUCCUGUUCCACUUUCAUUGCCAUUUUCUAUGUUUAAUGGUUCCGAGGCUGCUUUUGCCAGUGAUCUUAAUUUUUGUGGGAAGGCAGGUGUACAAUUUUUCACACGAAUAAAAUCAGUAGUUCAACAGUGGAAGGAAUUACCAGGACGAAGGGUGUCAUUCCCUUGUCCACCUCCGUCUGAGACUGAAAUAAGCAGUCAAGAAAUAGCCAUGACACAACCUCCAACUUACGAGAGUGAUGUGAAUGGGUGUGAAAUGUCACCAGCUAUGCCUCCACCAUCUGAAUUACCAAGUCAUGAUGUGUCCCUAUCCUUUCUGCCAACAUCUGAAGACGAGUUGGCAAACACAGAGGGAUUUCUUUCUAUAUCAUCUACAGCUGAAAGAGAAUUAUCAAGUCGUGAAGCGACAGUACUAAUGCCUCCAGAAACAGCCAUGGAUGCAAGAGACAGAGGGCCCACGUCCAUGCCUCCACCUCAAACAUCUCGACUGGGAGAGACUACUCUUGCAUUUAGGCAGAGUGAAAAUAUGUCGUCUGGUGAAGGAACAUAUAUGGCUCUAACCUCUCAGAGGAUUAGCAAAUUUUCUCCUCCGAUUCAAGCUAUGGACAUUAAUGUUGCUGCCACUCCCAUGUCUGAGAGAUCAUACAUUCCUAUCAGGUGCAGUGAUGAUGGCGUGAGUCCAAUGCCUCUGAGGAAUGACAGUAUCUGCAUGAUGUCGUUUGGGCAUGAUUUGCAUAGAACAGAUUCUGACAGGAUAUAUAUGCCUCUAUUUUCUCAACAGAACGAGAACGUCGUUCCAACAUCUCAACGACCAGACAUGAUAUAUCUGUCUACUUCUCAUGGGAAUGAUGAUGUGGGCUUGAUCAGUUUGAGAACAGGGGCUUCUGUGCAUCCAGCUCCUGGGAGUUUGUGCAUGUCUGCAUCUUAUAAGACUGACACGGUACCACCUCAGACAACAAAUACAGUGCAUUCAACUUCCGAGAUGUAUUUACAGUCAGCAGUUCAGAGUAAUGAUAGCACAGCAUCUACAUCCGAGAGUAUAUUUGUCCCAGCAACUUCUCAGGGAAUGUAUAUCCAAACUCCAAUAGUAUCAAUGGAUGAAUAUCGUGGCCAAGUUGCAUCCCAAACUCGUCAGACAUCUAAGCAAGAAUAGGAUUCAACGCUGGAUGUUUUUAGUUCUUUUGGGAAUUUGUUACUUGGUGAACGGACAAUUUUGAUGAUCGAGUCUUCCUCUUUAUAUGCUGUUUUUGUUCUUCAGUUCGACACUUGUAUUUUCGUCUUACGAGCAAAAUGUGAGCCCCUCUUCAAUAUCUCACAUUAUUAAUUAGCUAUUUACUUCAGGGAGAACACUGGCUAGAUUUUGAGUUUCCUUUGGAGAUGAAGCUGUUUCUGCUAUUGAGAAUGAGUGAAUUCAGGAAAUGGAUAGUUCUGGGAAGAUACACGAGACAAGGCUAUGAUAGACUCUACCUGAAUCUCACUAUAUUGUGCACAAACUUUUUCGUCGUUCAAUUAAGACCUUAAUGCACAGGACAAUAUUCAGUGUAAAAUUAUAACGAAUUGAACUGGUAGAUGAUAUUACGCUAGAUUAACGUGGAUGGUAUUCUUUAAUUUUUUAUUCAAAAGAAUGCCAUCUACUAUAUUUUUUUCAUGAAUUCUAUAUAUUUUGAACCAACUUCUCAUUGCUUAUUUAAGACUGUGAUGGGGAAAAAAAUUAGUGUAAAGUUGUAAUGAAUUGUACUAGAUGGGAAACAUUUUGGUGGA